UCCAACUGCUAGCUGCUGAGGACCGUGAUUGUCUCUCUUGCUGAAGUGAGGACUUUGAACACACACACAACUCUGCUAAUUCACAGAGGAAUUUCAACAAGCCAGACAGAGAAGCCCGAGGGCAGGGAAUGGGUUACAGCAGCAUUCAAAGCACAGAGUAGUGGGUGUUUUCUUUGCCUGUUUAUUUCCUCCCUUUACUCCUCCUUUCUCUCAGUGUUGGGUUCAGCGAGGUGUCAACAUAGAGGAAAAGAGAACAAUGUGGAAAACAGCGGUGUUUGUGUUCCUGCUGCUCAACAUGGCUGUGCAUGUGAACGGUGCUGUAGAUAAGACGAGGGGGUCUGCGGCCAAAAAGUCCAGGCCAGAGAAGGAGGAGAAGACAGAAGAGCCUGAAACCAGUGACACCAUUCUUACAAGUGACACUGCUUCAUCAGCUUUCUCGGGUAACUUGCUGGUGGUCCCGAUGGACGGGAGCCACUGGGUGGGUAUUAAGGCCAUUGCCCAGGAAAUGGGUCGCCGUGGACACCGAGUCACCGUGGUGAUACCAGAGGUCAGCAUACGGAUGGGUCCAGGGAAACACUAUGAUACUGUGACAUAUCCUGUUCCUUAUGACAAGGCUUAUAUUGACUCUGUGAUGGCCGGACAUAAGGACAUGAUGCACAAAUCUGCACAGUCUUUCAUGGUGAAGGUAAAGACAGGAUUCUCAAACAUCCAGAAAAUUGUAAGUUUUAUUCACACCACUGCAGAGAGUCUACUGUUCAACGCCAGUCUCAUCUCACAUCUGGAACAGCAGGGCUUCGAUGCCGUGCUGACAGACCCCAUGGUGCCCACAGGCUCAUUAAUAGCUCGGAAAUUAGGUCUCCCCACUAUUAAUUUGCUGAGAGGAAUUCCCUGUUCACUGGAUAUGAAGUCUGCAGGCUGCCCUUCCCCACCCUCAUAUGUGCCUCGCUUUUUCACUCAAUACACAGAUAAAAUGAGCUUCAAAGAGAGAGCUGUCAACACUUUGGUAGCUUUGCUGGAGCCGCUGCUAUGCCGAAUACUGUACUGGCACUUUGACCAAAUAGCCUAUCAGUUUCUGGGGGAGGACGUGGGCGUAGCUGAAGUGCUGUCAGAAUCUGAUAUCUGGCUGCUGAGGAUCGACUUCACACUGGAGUUCCCACGCCCUCUCAUGCCAAACAUGGUAUUAGUUGGUGGCAUCAACUGCAAUGUGAGAAACCCACUGCCUGAGGAUUUGGAGUCCUGGGUAUCAGGAGAGCAUGGGUUUGUGGUGUUCACUCUGGGCACCAUGGUGACAGAUCUGCCAGAGGAGAAAACUUCCAUCUUCCUAGAGGCCUUCAGACAGAUACCACAGAAGGUGAUAUGGAGAUAUGCCGGGCAGGUUCCCGACAAUGUCCCAGAAAAUGUGAAGAUGAUGUCAUGGGUGCCUCAGAACGACCUGCUAGCACAUUCUGGAGCUCGGGCUUUCAUCACUCACGCUGGCUCACACGGUCUCUUUGAGGGACUGUGUCACGCUGUUCCCAUGGUGAUGAUGCCUUUAGGUGGGGACCAGCCUGACAACGCACAGAGGCUGGCGAGCAGGGGAGCUGGAGUCGUGCUAGAUAUAAUUUCUAUCACUACAGAAAGCCUCCUUCAGGGACUGAAUGAGGUCAUAAAUGACGUCAGGUAUAAAGAAAACAUACUGAAGCUGUCAGUUCUCCAUAACGACCGGCCAGCUGAGCCGCUUGACCUUUCCGUGUACUGGACAGAAUUCGUGAUGCGGCACAAGGGGGCAAAACAUCUUAAAGCUGCUGUCCAUGACCUCAACUGGAUCCAGUACUACUGCCUGGAUGUAAUUGCACUACUCGCUACCGUAGUUUUGGUUUUUGGUAUACUGACAGUAAAAUGCAUGAAAGUAUGCUUCCGCAAACUGAGCAGGAAGAGGAAACAGGACUAGAAUAGUGCUACAUUUCUACUUCACCUCAGCAGCACUGUUUGUUAAGGGACAUUAAAAAAUCAUUAUUGCCUUUAAAAUAAUAAUACAGAGUGAGUUAAAUUGUUUUUGGCUUAAAGGUGUGACAGGGUGAAAGAAGAAAAAGUGAAGCCAGUUGGUGA